UUCCCUAACAUUCAUACAGAAACCAGUAAAGAGGCAUUAACUUCAUCAUCAUAUCUUAGUUCAUUAUCGUAUUUCAAAAAAAUCCGAUGGAAAUGUAAAAUUCUUUAAACCGUUGUAGUUAUAUCAAAAUUCAUCAAAGUCGGGUAAUAAAUAAGCCAUUUAUGGGUGAAAGACUUUAUUCUUGAGCUAUAGAAGUGGCAUUAUCUGGCGAAUAUGAAGUUAGUCAUUAUAUUUAUUUUGGCAACCUUGGCUGUAGUCAAUGGUUUUAUGUGUGCUGGUUGCCCAUCCCAAAUGGAUCCAGAGCAAGCUAAAGAAGUUCUCAACAAUACUUUGAACAAGGUUGCUACCCUGGGUGGACCUAACUAUAGCGUGGGAAAAAUCUACACCGCCAGUUCUCAAAUAACUUCUGGAGUCAAGUACCGCAUGAAUGCUGAUUUGCUUAAUGAUUCCAACCAAUCCGUGGGCUGUGAUGUGGUCAUUGAAAGAACCGCUGCAACAGGCAUCACUAAGGUCACCUUUAACUGUUCGAACAGGGGUGUCUUUAAAAUUUCUUAUUGAGAUGGGAGAAGGAGAAACUUUGAAAGAAUAAAAAAAAUCAAAUUUGGCCUUUUGAGAAUA